UGGAUUCUGAAGUCAAGGAAACUCACUGGGCUCAAGCCUAGAGGACAGUGUGGAGGUGGAUAAAUAGUGGUACAGAGGAUCAUACUUUAGGAGUGCCUGAGUAUGGUUACAGGCAAACAAGCCCAACUCUGCCCCACAACAUAGGCAGCCACGCCCAAUUCUACCCCACACCAUAGGAUCUUUGCUAUAUAUUUGUAAUCACAAAAUUGAUGAUACGGUAAUAAUCAGAUCAGUGGAGCAUUACUGUCCACGUAGCCUAGGCUACUAUGCAAGUUCAAGAUAAUAAGACCUCUUAUAUCAAGAAAAGGUCUAGAUCCACCCAUCUGCUUAGCCCGCAAAACAUCAGAAGAGGCAAAUUUAGUCAAAACAUCGCCAUGGACCCAGGACCCAGCAACCUGAAUUCCUGGAACCAAGGGAUCGAAGGGCAACCCAACAUGCGUACUGAAGGACACCAUGACUCUAACACCAACGAGGUUGCAGAACCCAUCGCAACAAACGCUGCCCAACAUAGCAUCGUGGGCUGCAGAAUUUCCCACCAGUGGAAAGAAGACUGGCGCGUCACCUACUGGAAGGGAGUCGUUGUAGAUCAGAUAGCUAUAAACCCCUCCCUAUAUCUGGUCAAAUAUGAUAAUGUCGAUUGCGUGUAUGGAUUGGAACUUUAUAAAGAUGAGAGGAUAUUGUCCCUUGAAGUUCACCCCGAAAAUGUAGACACAUCCCAAGUCUCCGAUCCCAUCCUUGCUGAUACCAUCAUUGGCAAAUCAGUGGAUCACAGGUUUGAGGGAGAACAAGGGAUUUCCAAAUUAUGGAGAGGGCUGGUUCUAGAUCAGGUGUCGGUCAUGAAAUCCUGGUUUUAUAUUACUUAUGAAAAAGACCCAAUCUUAUACAUGUACCAACUUGGCGAUGAUUUUAAAGAAGGUGACCUCCGCAUUGUGCCACAUGUAGAAGUACCUCCACUUAACUUAGAUCUUGAAAUUAGAGGCAAAUAUGUGGUGUAUGGCCAGAAAGAUGGAACCACCAAAAUUGGCAUGAUAAUCCACAAAGUUGAUUCAAGACCCUCUGUAUAUUUUAUAAAAUUUGAAAAUGAUUUCCAUAUCUAUGUUUAUGAUUUGGUGGAGAAAAUCUGAUUGAUUGGCAAAGCAAUGACUCCACUGUGAAAUAAAGUUGUACUUCCUAGAUA